AUGAGGGAGGAGUUGACUUAUGCUGAAUUCCCCAUGUACAAGUUGAAGGGUACAACUAUACUUUUCCAUCAAACCAAUUCGUAUAUGAUAGAGCUAGCACAAGUAGACAAACGGCACCAGAUCACUACACCCCAGUCAAACGUUUCGAAAAAAGCCAUCACCAUUUCGUCGAUUGCGAUUAAACGCAGGCCAACGCUGCCGCAAACGCCAGCGAGUGCCCCACAGGUGUUAUCGCCCAAGCGACAGUGCGCCACCGCAGUUUCGGUCAUACCCGCCGUCGCCGCCGCCCAACUGACACCACAAGUCCAGUACGCCGCCACACCAGCCGCCGCAGUCGCCCUCAAGGCCGGCCAUCAAUUGACCUUUAAUCCCGCCGCUGCCGCUGCUGCUGCCCAAUACGCCGCCACUGCCGCCGUCAAUACACAUCAACACCACCAACACCACCACCACACACAGGUCGCUGCCGCAGCUGCAGCUGCCGCCGCCGCAGCACAGCAACAACGCAUCGCUGUCGCCGCCCAACAUUAUAAUUCCUCGGCCGCUGCAUUGUUGAAUCAGCACUUGCAUUCGGUUGCAGCUGCAUCGCACUCGUUGUCACCGGCCGCAGCGGCUGCCGUUGCUGCUGCCGCCGCACAUCAGCAGCACGUUGUGUUACAGCAACAAGCACAACAACAACAGCAACAGCAUCAUCAUCACGCCCAGCAUUCGCUGAGUCAGCAGCACGUUUAUCAGCAGCAACAGCAACAGCAACAGUCAUUGCGUCAGCAAUUGCAGGCCCAACAGCAACAGCAACAACAACAACAUUUGAUCAUCAGUAGUGCCAGCACAGUUAGCAGCACACCAAACACCGGCACAUCGCUGACCGCCACAGCGCCCACAGCAAAUACAACAACUACAACAGCGACAGCGGUUUCAAACGCGAGUGUCGGCGCUCAAACAGCCACCGCUGUUGCUGCUCUAGCAGCCAAUUCGGUCAACGAAACUUCGUCACAUUCGAACACAUCCUCUGCAUCGACUACACCGUCACCGGCGGCAGCGACAGCAGCACUUAAUACGCACGACAACAAUAACAAUACCAGUGUGUUGAGCAGCAGUCCAAUCAGUAGUAGUAGCAAUAGCAACAACAACAACACAAUCAUUACCAGCAGCUCGACAAUGGAAAAUCAAAUGGCUCUAGCUCCACUGGGAUUAUCGCAAAGCAUGGACUCAGUGAAUACGGCCAGCAAUGAAGAAGAGGUUCGCACCCUCUUCGUUAGCGGUUUGCCAAUGGACGCAAAACCACGCGAACUUUAUCUUUUAUUCAGAGCUUAUGAGGGCUAUGAAGGAUCUCUCUUAAAGGUGACCAGCAAGAAUGGCAAAACUGCAUCGCCCGUCGGAUUUGUAACAUUUCACACCAGAGCCGGUGCGGAGGCAGCUAAACAGGAUUUACAGCAGGGUGUACGUUUCGAUCCCGAUAUGCCCCAAACAAUUCGCUUGGAAUUCGCCAAGAGUAACACGAAAGUGAGCAAACCCAAACCACAGCCCAAUACAGCGACAACAGCCUCACAUCCUGCAUUGAUGCACCCACUCACUGGACAUUUGGGUGGACCAUUCUUUCCAGGCGGCCCGGAAUUAUGGCAUCAUCCGUUAGCUUAUUCGGCAGCCGCCGCUGAAUUACCCGGUGCAGCUGCAUUACAGCAUGCCACACUAGUGCAUCCAGCUCUACAUCCGCAGGUGCCGGUACCCGCCACUGGCCCACCGGGACCGCCACCAGCCGGUCAUACAGCACAUCAUCAUUUUUUAUCCAGCCCCGCUUUGGCGAGUCCAGUUGGUUCCUCGAAUAAUCCAGCACACCCAUCAAAUCCACCAUUAGCUGCGAACGCGCCCUGCUCGACACUGUUUGUGGCCAAUUUGGGGCAAUUCGUGUCCGAACAUGAACUCAAAGAGGUCUUUUCCAGUAUGCCUGGCUUUUGUCGCCUCCGAAUGCACACAAAAGGUUCGCACAAUCUCACUUCUACUUCUACUACUACUACUACUACUUCCACCAUCACCAAUGCCACCAACACAAGCACCACUUCUACCAAUUCUAAUGCAACAGCCAUAGCUAAUUAUCACGGAGCUGGCAACAACAACAGUAACAGCAGCAGCAAUGCCAAUCAUCCCGUUGCAUUUAUUGAGUUCAAAGAUACCGUUAGCGCUGCAACAGCAAUGCAGCAAUUGCAGGGUAAAUAUUUACUAUCCUCCGACCGCGGUUCGAUACGCAUAGAAUUUGCUAAAACCAAAAUGAUCAAUGACAAUGCCACCGGCGGUGGCAGUGCCAAGCACAACAACAACAACCACAACAAUAUCAACAACAAUGAAGCAUUGGCUAUGCAGAAGGCGGCCAAUGUCAUGAACGCCACACAAUUGCUUUCGGCCAACAAUUUGACGGCGCUCAGCCCCGCCGGUACCGCUAUGACGGUUAUCAGCAAUCAGCCGCCACAGCCGCAGCUGAUCAUCCUCAAUGGCUAUGCACAGCAGCAACAACAGCAGCAGCAGCAACAUCAGGCAAUACAACAACAAGUGCAACAGCAACAACAACAACAGCAAGCAAUAUUGCAAACGGCCGGCGUUAUGCAACAGCAGGCCAUCUUGCCGGCACAACAUUUUAUCACCGCAAAUGGUGGCACUGCAACGGCUGUUGCCUAUCCAGCAGCUGGCGGCGGUUUGCAGGCCAUGUCAGCAGUGGGUCCAUCGUUGGCCACCAUUUUUACUAGCACCAACAGCACGAAUAAUUUGAACAACACCACCAGCACUACUAAUCUAAAUAAUAAUAACGGCAUUAAUAUCAAUAAUAUCAAUAAUAACAAUAACAAUAACAUUAACAGUAAUAACAGUAAUAUUGUGCACAAUCGUUCUACCGCACUACCACCGCCUACUGUUGUUGUAAACUCACUACAGCACCAACUUCAUCCAACUCAGCACCAAAAUCAUCUCUUUAGAGACAGGAGCGGGUAUGGAAUCAAGGCAUGAUUUAUUGAAUAAAAAGGCCGAACGCGACUUGCAACAUCAUCAAUUUUUAAUGACAACACCGACUUGACCCGUUACAACAGCAGCGGCAGCACAUCAGCAUCAACAACAACAACAACAACUGCAUCAGCAGCAGCAGCAACAAACGCAACAACAUCAGCAUUAUACAGCGCACUACCAACAGCAGCAACAACAACAGCAACAAACAAACGCAGCGACACUUUCAACGCAUCUUAACCACCAACACCAGCAACAGCAGCAGCAACAACAUUACGCAGCAGCUGCCGCCGCCACAUUAGCCGCCACACAUCACAUACCAACAACACUCAUUUCGGGUGCCACACCAGGAGCGGCAGCGGCAGCUGGCAUCUACUCCUACGUUUUGCCGGCAACAACACACAUCGCGGCAUAGUACGACAACUUCGUCGAUGGCAAUUACAGUUACUAGUGUAAAUGCCGCUAAAUGCAACAACAACAAUAACAACAAGCAUAAAAUGCGAUCACCAAGCUUGCGUGUGGGAGUAUGGCACAAAACCAACAGCAACAACAAUAACAAUAGCAACAAAUACAAACAAUUGCGUCAAAAUCAGCGACAAUUUGAGUUUAUACAGCAUGCAACAGGGGCUAAACACAGAGAGUGUAAGUGUAACAAGCGUACGUAGCGCAGCAGGCAACAGACUUGUCAUGCCACGCGCGUGGAGGAAAACAGCAUAUUUAGAAAAUAUCUAAGAAAAACAUACCAAAUAUAAGUAAAUUAUACAUAAAUGAAAAAUGUUAGUAAAUAAUAAAAUUCAUACAAACACAUACAUAUGUACUAUACUGCUAUGUGUGUGAGCAUAGUGUAGUACAGUUUGGAAACAUAUGACAGUUAAAGAAAAUUAAAGCAAUUUCAAAAAAAUAUGUGAAA